AUGGCAGCGCGUAUGUUUGCAGAGCUCCGCUCUAUACUCCUCGCUAUCAAAGAACGCCGAGGCGAGUGGCAGAAGGUCUCACCAGCAAUGACCGUUCCUGUGUCCGAUGGAAUUACCCUCCUGGAUAAGUAUCAUGACUGCGUCAAAGACAACGACAUAUACUAUAUCGCAAGUGUUCUGGAUCCGCGAAUUAAGACCAAGUGGCUCAAAACGUUACCAGAUGGAGAGAGGAUCAUUGGCCGAAUCCGGGCGUUUCUGGAGAAAGCGUAUUCCACCCCAAAACAGCCAAUAUUGACUACUACAAGCACCAAUUGGAAGAGCUUCGAAUAUCGAUUUCUGGAAGCCUUUCAGCCUACACAGGCUAACACCGCUGAGUCUGAUAUUGAUAAGUAUUUCGAUACUCCGACAAUCAGCACUGGUUUCGAUAUGAGCCAGAGCCAGACCGAAUUUAUACGAAACUGGUGGAAUGCAAACAGGCUUGAAUUCAGUUGCAUGGCUAAGGUAGCACAAGAUCACCUUGCUAUACCAGCAGCAGAGGUAGAUAUCGAGAGAUUAUUCAAUGGCGGGAGAGAUGUGUUGGGAAUUCGAUGUUUCUCCAUGAAAGGCAAGACCCUUGGGACUCUAUUAAGGCUGAAAGAUGCCGCACGUUGGAAGUCUGAAUAA